CGGCCAUUCUGUUAUGUUUGUGUUGUGCUCCCUGUAAAAAUCAUGCUACGUUACAUUUUAAUAUUAAAUUUAAUUUAUUACAUAACCAAAUGUAAGUGCCAAAAUGUACCAGCUGCAAAAUUUAAUGUGAAUGAUGAUAAGGUGGAUCCUUUGGAUACUUGUACGGAUCCAGCGACAAAUCAAACAUAUAAAUUAGGUGAUCGGUGGAAAUCUGAAAUACCAAAUGUAUGUGCGCUGCUCAGUUGUUCCAAAAUUAACAUAAAUGAAUAUCCGGAAUAUAAUUUUCCAUUUAUUGUUCAAUAUAAAUGUGUGGAUCCAAAACCACCAGACAAUGAUAAUCGUGGAUGCCAUAUGAUUCGACCGCAUGCCAAUAAAUUGUAUCCACAAUGUUGUAAGCAUAUGGUAUGUUUUCGUAACGACUAUUACAUUGUUAUGUAUCCAAUAAUAAAUGAACAAGAUGCUACGAAAUUAGGAACCUAUGCGCAUGAAUUAAAACGUUUUAAACGGUAUAACUUUUUACAACGUGGAGUUACAAAUAUUACCAAACGUGAAUUAUUAUUUAAUUUUAAAGAUAAUCCACGCAAGAAAUUAAAAUUUUACAAAAAUGAAGGGUCCUAAACUAUAUUUAACUGGCCCUGUUAUUAGUACCUUUUCCUCUUCAGGCAAAAUGUAAAUUUUUUAAGUGGCAUUUCCAGAGCUGGAACUAGAGUUGAAGGGGCCCGGGGGCAAGGCUAACUUCGGGGCCCUAAUUCUCUAUUGAGUUUGUCAACUAAAAUUUUUCCAAUUUUUGUAAAAGAAAAAACAAGGCAUUAUUAUUUCUAAUC